UUUGGCGUGCCGGAGGAUGAUCGGGAGUCCUACUGCCUUUGCCAAGUCACGGUGGAUGAGGGUCCAGUGAUCAAGCAGAGCAGAAUUGGCGAUCAGGUUGAUGAUCUGACCAGUCGUACUGCCCUCAACGCACGUUACUAUCUCAAACACAAUAAGAAGUCGGAUGCCCUCGUUUCGGAUGACCUCUCUCCCGAAACACUAUGCAUCCAGUUGACACUGGACGACUACUCCGUCUUCCGGUCAGUUGAAGCGACAGAGUACGUGGACAAGGUGUUCAAUCUGAACCUCCCCAGCACACCUGCUGUGGAAAAUUCGCGUACAAGUGCUACUGGCCUGAGCAGCAGUGUGGGUGCUGCCGCUGCCUCUUCAGCCACGGGUUCAGCCUCCUCCGGUUACUCAUCUGAACCCGACUCAACGUCCCUUGGCCAGGAGCCCCUAACUGGCAAUACCGGUUUCGCUACGGGCUUCGGGAACCUGGAUCGGUUUGCCGAACUGGUAAAUAAGGAAGCCUACUGGGUGCCAAGUGAAAUUUGUGCGGAGCAGACUCUCUCCAAGCGCGUAGACAGUCUAAAGCGUUUUAUCAAGAUGGCCAAGCUGUGCCGCGACCUACGCAAUUACAACACGAUGUUUUGCAUCCUCGUUGGUUUACACAUGGCUCCUGUGGAGCGACUGCGCCAAACUUGGGAACGUCUGCCAAACAAAUACGUGAAGCUCUGUCGAGACUUGGCUCUUGUCCUCGAUCCGUCUCGGAACUUCUUUCACUACCGAAACCUGCUGACUGCAGAAGGCCCGCAUGCCCCUCUGGUUCCCUACCUCCCCCUGGUUCUGAAAGAUUUAACUUUCAUUCACUUGGGCAACCCCUCUCGCUAUGCCGACAAUCUUGUCAAUUUCGCCAAGCUCCGUAUGAUUGCAAAGGAGCUCAGUCAGUCAUCGGGUGUUCGAGGCGUGGCUGCGGGUGUCCUCUCAGGCCUUGCCGGUCUGGCAGUUGACUCUGGUCUGGCAGGCUCAGGUGCCUCGAAAUCCGCUGCUGCUGGCGCCUCAUCCGAGUCCCCAGGAAAGUCUGGUGAGUCUUCAGCCGCCUGUUAUGUUGGCAACAUUGCAUGUCGCAGUUUAUAA